GCCCGGAAGCGGCGGCGCCGCCGCCAUGGAGGAGGACGAGCCGGAGCUGGCGGCGGGGCUGGAGGCGGCGCUGGAGCUGGCGCCCGCCGUGCAGGCGGCCAUCGAGCAGGUAUUUCCCAGCCAAGAUCCACUGGACAGAGCAGACUUCAAUGCUGUGGAAUAUAUUAAUACUCUCUUUCCCACUGAGCAAUCUUUGGCAAACAUCGAUGAAGUCGUGAACAAAAUCAGAUUGAAAAUAAGGAGGCUGGAUGACAACAUUCGAACAGUAGUGAGAGGACAAACCAAUGUGGGACAGGAUGGCAGGCAGGCUCUAGAGGAAGCCCAGAAAGCAAUUCAACAACUCUUUGGUAAAAUUAAGGAUAUUAAAGACAAAGCUGAAAAAUCAGAACAAAUGGUUAAAGAAAUCACACGGGAUAUCAAGCAGCUAGAUCAUGCCAAGCGUCAUCUGACCACUUCCAUCACCACCCUCAAUCACCUGCAUAUGCUGGCAGGGGGUGUGGAUUCACUGGAGGCUAUGACCAGGAGGAGACAAUAUGGAGAGGUUGCCAACCUCCUCCAAGGUGUCGUGAAUGUGUUAGAGCACUUCAACAAAUACAUGGGGAUUCCUCAGAUUCGACAGCUUUCUGAAAGAGUGAAGGCAGCACAAAAUGAGUUAGGACAGCAGAUCCUGGCUGACUUUGAAGAAGCCUUUCCUUCACAAGGUACAAAGAGGCCUGGUGGACCCAGCAAUGUCCUGCGUGAUGCAUGUUUAGUUGCCAAUGUCCUAGAUCCCAGAAUCAAACAGGAAAUCAUCAAGAAAUUUAUUAAGCAACACCUCUCAGAGUAUUUGGUCCUUUUCCAGGAAAACCAAGAUGUCGCCUGGCUGGAUAAGAUCGACAGGCGCUACGCUUGGAUAAAACGCCAGCUGGUGGACUACGAGGAGAAGUAUGGGCGCAUGUUCCCCCAGGAGUGGUGCAUGACGGAGCGUAUCGCGGUGGAGUUCUGUCACGUCACAAGGACAGAGCUCGCUAAGAUAAUGCGCACAAGAGCGAAGGAGAUUGAGGUGAAAUUGCUUUUGUUUGCAAUUCAGAGGACAACCAACUUUGAAGGACUGCUGGCUAAACGCUUCUCAGGUUGCACUCUGGCUGAUGGGACAGUGAAAAAAACAGAAGUACCACCUCCUUCUACCAACCCAUUUCUGGAGGAUGAAACUGGAACGGAGGCAGAUGAGAUUGUGAUUGAGAAAAGUGAUAUGGACAGACCAAAGAAGCCAAAGGUCCCAGACAACCCUUUUCAUGGCAUUGUUUCCAAGUGUUUUGAGCCUCACCUUUAUGUAUAUAUUGAAUCCCAGGACAAAAAUCUCGGCGAACUGAUUGACAGGUUUGUGGCUGACUUCAAGGCUCAAGGUCCUCCGAAGCCCAACGUGGAUGAAGGAGGAGCUGUCCUGCCUAGCUGUGCCGACCUUUUUGUUUAUUACAAGAAGUGCAUGGUGCAGUGCUCGCAGCUCAGCACAGGCGAGCCGAUGAUAGCCCUGACCACCAUAUUCCAGAAGUACCUUCGGGAAUAUGCCUGGAAAAUUCUGUCUGGAAACCUGCCCAAAACAACUAGCAGCAGUGGUGGGCUCACCAUCACUAGCCUGCUGAAAGAAAAGGAAGGCUCUGAAGUGGCGAAGUUUACUUUUGAAGAACUCUGUCUCAUUUGCAGCAUCCUUAGCACUGCAGAGUACUGCUUGGCAACCACCCAGCAGUUGGAAGAGAAACUCAAAGAAAAAGUGGAUGCAAGUCUAAUGGAAAGAAUCAACCUGACAGGAGAGAUGGACACUUUCAGCAUUGUGAUCUCCAACAGCAUACAGCUGUUAGUGCAGGACCUGGAUGCAGCCUGUGACCCUGCCCUGACUGCUAUGAGCAAGAUGCAGUGGCAGAAUGUGGAACAUGUUGGUGACCAGAGUCCUUAUGUCACCUCAGUGAUUCUUCACAUUAAGCAGAACGUGCCCAUCAUCCGCGAUAACCUGGCCUCUACAAGAAAGUACUUCACUCAGUUCUGUAUUAAAUUUGCAAACUCCUUCAUUCCCAAGUUCAUCAACCACCUAUUCAAGUGCAAACCCAUUAGCAUGGUGGGAGCAGAACAGCUGCUGCUGGAUACUCACUCUCUGAAGAUGGUUCUCCUGGAUCUGCCUUCCAUUGGAUCCCAAGUGGUGAGGAAGGCUCCAGCCAGCUACACCAAGAUAGUGGUGAAAGGCAUGACUCGGGCUGAAAUGAUCCUGAAGGUGGUUAUGGCUCCGCAUGAGCCCCCAGUUGUGUUUGUGGACAACUACAUCAAACUCCUUGCUGACUGUAGCACAGACACUUUCCAGAAGAUACUAGACAUGAAGGGGCUGAAGAGGAGCGAACAAAGCAGCAUGCUGGACCUCUUCCGCCAGCGCCUCCCAGCACCCCCCUCCGGGGUGGAGAACACCAGCUCCCUCUCGCUGAGCGCUCCUACGCCGGAGCAGGAGUCCUCUCGCAUACGGAAGCUGGAGAAACUCAUCAAAAAAAGGCUCUGAGUGAGCAGAAGGAAAACUUGUUGCUCAGGACUAGCUGCAGGCACUGGGAGCAGAGUUCUUCAGACUUACUCUUUACACUACGCUGCUGAAAAAUCAGUGUCUGGUCGCUCCCAUGCCCUAUGAUCUAUUAACCAUCAGAGACUGCGGCACUGCAUCUCCCUUCAGAUCAAGGGAGGAUCUGACCAAGGAGUUUGCCCUGUAGAUAUCCUAGCAUGAGUGAAACUGAGGACACUGCUAGGUCCAUGUGGUGGAGAAAAUAAAGGUACCUGGAAGCCAUGGGCUAGGAAAACGGUUUAGGUGGAUUAUCCACUCAAAAUAUUUGGGUGGGAUACGCUUGGCGUGCUGUCAGCCCUGCUGGGCUCUCCCACUGCAGCACUAAGGAUCCUGUCUGAGAAUUUGAUGUUAUUCCCCACUCCAUGUUGAGAGCUGUUUCUCUAUUUCAUUAUUUAUUUAAAAAAAUAAAGGAGCUUUAACAGCUGGGACGCAGGCACCUGCAGCACAUGGAAAUCAUUAGCAAUGCCCAGGAGAGAACCCCGAAGCAGAUUUCUCCCCUGCUCCCUGGGCAGGCAGGCAGGCAUGCAGAAACCACUAGUGAAACAGCGAGGCAGAAAUCCCUUUCCGAACAUGAGCAAAGGAGUAAAGGAGAAGUGGAUUCGUGUGUUCUGCACCUUGGCAAAUCGCCUGCCAGCAGCAUCUGUAGCUGUUGCAGCUUAAAGGCCAAACCAGACGUCUGCUGAGCCUGUCUCCAGCUUCUUGUUACUUCUCCCGCGUGUGCUGGACUCGCUCGCCGUCCCCGACGGGAGUUUCCGUGCUCCUCUCGCCCUCUCCCUGCAAAGGGCCCUUCACGGAAUAAGCGUCGAACAGCAGCAUCCCUCGGCCUCCUGCCGCCGGCGCGUCCCGAGCCCGCGUGUGCCCCUCUGGCACCUUCGCCGCCCUGCGGAGGAGGCGCUGGGAAUGUUGGUCUCGGUGAGGAGCCUGCGGCUGCCAGGGCUUUGAGCAGCCUCGGACGUCAAGGGCCUUCCUCUUCUCCUCCUCCUCCUCCUCCUCCUUGGUCUCUUCCUCCCAGCAUCAGCUUGAGCCAGUGCAGAGGAGAGGAGAACCAGAGGUGAAGUGUUUUGGAUAACCUGUGUCACCUUUCUGCUCCCGCUGGCACCCAGCCACGGAGCAGGGCUUGGGCUGGGGUUGGUGGACCUGAGCUCUGCUGAACUGACCUUUGCCUGAGCUUCCGGAGGAGCCUCCACGCGGGCAUGCACCACCUCGCUGGUAGCCCCACUGGAAAUCUUUUUUGCGGGUCCCCGAGACCGGAGCCCGGUGGAGGAUGCCGCUGCUCGGCCGGGAGAGCCGCGGCCGCGACGUCCAUCGGGAGCAGGCAGCACUCGGAGCAGCGGGGACUCGCGUCGGAACGGUUGGCAGGAGGGAUUCCAGAAACUAUUCCAUUUUUUUUAGAAAUAUUCUCUAAAUCUGUUGUUACUUCACUGAGUUUCUCGUUUCCUAUCCUGAUUUCACAAGGAGUCGCGUUUGCACUUGGGGUAUGUCAAGUGACAAAAACAGCGUUGGAAGCCCGGCGGGAUUAGGAGCAGCCUUUCCCGGAGGGCGAGUGACGCUAAGGUGUACGCGCAGAGCCGUUCCUGCGUUAGCAAGUGCAGCAGCCAGGGCGGAAGGAAUACAGGGUUUGCAGAGAUUCAUUAUUCCCAGGGUGGAUGAUAAAUAAUUUCUUUUAGAUUAAUUUCUCUUUGCGAUGUCCGUGACAACUUGCUAAAUAAAUCGUGAAUAGCUGAAGACUA